GGAACGCGUCGCUUUCUGACCUGGAAAAGCAAAAUCACGAAGAAGAAAGGCGUCAAUUUCUGACUGGUGCGACUUCGAACGCAAAAGAUUGCGCAAAAUCCGGCCAAUUUCAUAGUAUCUUUAGUUCUGCGGAGCUCUGAUAAUUAAAGGAGCUUGAAUCUCUUCGCUCCUGCCUGUCAGACGCAGAACCGGGGGCUUCCACGAAGCUCACCUGGCAGGAAGGACGAGGCUGUUUUCUCUUUCUGCGCCUUUCAGCGUUACUUUUCAAAACCCAAGCGACCGAGCGGCGCUUAAAUCAAAUCAAGGGAUUACUAUUGUUUGUAAGGCUAUUGGCUGCUGCGUCCCUGUGCGCGUCUUCCUCUCCGAGCUGAGGACAAAGUGCUGAUAAAUCCGCUCCUGCUGGACUUGGGACCUGAGCAACCAGCUUCUCUGAACGGACGAGAGCGCAACUGACAAAUCUGGGGAGACUUAAGUCACGGAAGGACAGCUGAGGGGAAACUGAAGAUCCGGCGAAAAUGCCUCUUGCACAAAUCGCAGAACCAUGGCCCCAAAUGGAACUGGUGCAACUGGAGACAGAGAAUGGCCAGAGCACUACUGAGGAUGGAGUGACAAAUGCUGACAAGGAAGACGGAGACGUCAAAGAGUACAACAUUACCAAUGUGGUUAAAGAGGGUUCGGAGAAGGCAGAUGCCUCCCAGUUUGAGCUGCUCAAGGUUUUGGGACAGGGGUCCUUUGGAAAGGUGUUCCUUGUGCGAAAGGUGACUCCUCCAGAUGCUAACCAGCUCUAUGCCAUGAAGGUUCUCAAGAAGGCCACACUGAAAGUGAGAGAUCGGGUCAGAACCAAGAUGGAAAGGGAUAUCCUUGCUGAUGUCAACCACCCAUUUGUCGUCAAGCUCCACUACGCAUUCCAGACUGAAGGAAAGCUUUAUCUGAUCCUGGACUUUCUCAGAGGGGGAGAUCUUUUCACCAGACUUUCUAAAGAGGUGAUGUUCACUGAGGAAGACGUGAAGUUUUACCUAGCAGAGCUGGCGUUGGGACUGGACCAUCUUCACAGCCUUGGCAUCAUUUACAGAGACCUUAAACCAGAAAACAUUCUCUUGGAUGAGGAGGGACACAUCAAACUCACAGAUUUUGGUUUGUGUAAAGAGGCGAUUGACCAUGAGAAAAAAGCUUACUCCUUCUGUGGCACUGUGGAGUACAUGGCUCCUGAGGUCGUGAACCGACAGGGACACACCCACAGCGCCGACUGGUGGUCAUUCGGAGUACUAAUGUUUGAGAUGCUGACAGGAGCGCUUCCAUUUCAAGGGAAGGACCGCAAGGAAACGAUGAACCUGAUUCUAAAGGCACGUCUAGGAAUGCCUCAAUUCCUGAGUGCGGAGGCCCAGUCUCUGCUCAGAGCUCUGUUCAAGAGGAAUCCCUCCAACAGACUGGGAUCUGGAGCUGACGGAGCAGAGGAGAUCAAGCGGCAUGGAUUCUUCGCUACUAUAGACUGGAAUAAACUCUUCAGAAAAGAACUCAAACCUCCAUUCAGACCAGCCGUUGCCCGUCCAGAUGACACCUUUUACUUUGAUUCAGAGUUCACUUCCCGCACGCCAAAAGACUCUCCUGGUGUGCCGCCAAGUGCAGGAGCUCAUCAGCUCUUCAGGGGCUUCAGCUUUGUUGCAUCAACUAUGUUGGAGGAGGAUGGUUCGGUGGAGCCGCCACAGCCCCCACCACACCCAGUGGUCAAGCAGCUGCAUGGGAAGAACUUGCUGUUCAGCGACGGGUACGUCCUCAAAGAGGACAUCGGCAUGGGGUCCUUCUCUGUCUGUAAGCGCUGCAUCCACAAAGCCACCAACACUGAGUAUGCAGUCAAGGUGAUUGACAAGACCAGCACAGACCCAUCUGAGGAGAUUGACAUUCUACUUCGAUAUGGACAGCACCCAAACAUCAUUACCCUGAAGGAUGUGUACGACAACGGGAAGCAGGUGUUCCUGGUGACGGAGCUGAUGCGUGGAGGAGAGCUGCUGGACCGGAUCCUCAAGCAGAAAUUCUUUUCAGAGCGAGAGGCCAGCGCUGUACUUCACACCAUCACCAAGACUGUGGAGUACCUCCACUCCCAGGGGGUCGUACACAGAGACCUGAAGCCCAGUAACAUCCUAUAUGUUGAUGAGUCAGGCAAUCCCGAGUCCAUCAGGAUCUGUGACUUCGGCUUUGCUAAGCAGUUGCGUGCCAACAACGGCCUGCUUAUGACCCCGUGCUACACGGCUAACUUUGUGGCUCCUGAGGUGCUGAAGCGUCAGGGUUAUGAUGAAGGAUGUGACAUCUGGAGCCUGGGAGUUUUACUGUACACCAUGCUGGCUGGUUUUACUCCGUUUGCUAACGGACCUGAAGAUACCCCAAACGAGAUUCUGAACAGGAUAGGGAAUGGUCAUUUCAGUCUGAAUGGAGGAAACUGGGACACAGUGUCAGACGCAGCCAAGGACCUUGUCUCUAAGAUGCUUCAUGUGGACCCCCUUCAGAGACUUACGGCUAAGCAGGUCCUCAAACACCCCUGGAUCGUCCAGAGAGAGAAGCUACCCAACAGCCAACUUCCACAUCAGGACCCUAAACUGGUCAAGGGUGCAAUGGCUGCAACCUACUCUGCCCUGAAGAACUCGCAGCCCACUCCAGAGCUGAAACCCAUUGAGAGCUCCUUCCUUGCUCAGAGGCGUGUGAAGAAGCUUCCCUCCACGUCUCUGUAGAGACUGAACACAGCCUAUCACCUCACUGGAGUCAAGACCACCCAGUCAGCUUGCUUUGGGGACAUAAUGUCCACCCGCCAAAAAUCAGCCAAGGAACACUGACUGUGAUCCUGCCUCCAUCAUGUGGCAUCAGUUCUCCUGCUCUUGCAAUCAUCCUCUUAGCUGCUGACCGCUACUUGGACCAGCAAAAUAUUAAAAGGAUGGAUUGGGAGCGAGAAGGGAACGAAGAAAAGAAAACAGAGGGAAAUGCAGGUUAUUUUGGCAGAUGUAGUAAAGUGUUGGUGUGAUUGUGUGUGUGUAUGUGUGCGUGCAUGACCUGCCACAAAGUAGAUGCAGCCAUGUUUUGGAUGGUGGCCAUUUCUCCUGAUCACUGCUGUAAUUGAUUCUGGCUGCACGCUGUUCUGUCUGCCUGUUUUGUUGUCCUUCCUGUUUUUUUUUCGUGAAGUCCAUGAGCUUUAAACUACUGGUCAUGCUGCCUAAUCAGUCUGUGCAGACAGCACCCAACCACAUCACUGUUAAACUGCUGUUAAAUGUUUGUUGAAUAGCAUUGUUAAAAUGAAUAUUGACCCUUUUUUUUCUUGCCAUUAAUGCCUCUUUGGCUUUGGUCCAACCACAAAAAGUGGCUUCUGGGAAAUGUCAAAUGCUAAUGUUUGGUAAAUGUUAAGCUUGAUUUUCAGCGUGCGUGUGUGUGUGUGCGUGUGUGUGUGUGUGUGUGUGCGUGUGUGUGUGUGUGGUGGGAUGCUGCAGAGUCAUGUGCAUGAUCUGGUGACGUGAUGAUGUAAUGUGGCUUCCUCUUUCGCUGCUCUCCCUUCUUCUCUGCUUGGACGAUCUGCUGGAAAACAGUUGAGACAUCUAUUAUUUUUAUUACUACAAAAAAUAGUAAAAUAGGUGGCUUUCUGUGAAAGAAGACCUGCCCAAGGAACUAUGUGGCAUGUUGGUACUUGCUAACUUCUUUGUAUUCUCUUUUUCUCCUCCCCUCUGUGUUUCUCUAUGCAUAUUGCAAGCUGUUUUUUUCUUUUGUGUGUGUUGGCUGCUUUCGUUGUUUUAUUUUUCUUCUCUUUUUUUUUUUUUUUUUUUUUGUCCAAAUAGUGGAAGACACGCUGAGCAAAUCUUGCUUUUGUUUUUUAGAAAUAAAAAAAAUGUUAGCAGACUGUUUAGCAAAACUGAGCACUCAAAUGUCAAUGCUUUCUAUUAAAUCGCUGGUAACAAACAGACCUGCACUCAUUCUGGAGUGUUCUGUUUCCCUUUCAUUAAAUAUAAUCCCAUCCUCUCUAUUGAUUAUAUGGCUCGCUAACACUCCAACUAUCAAUUAGAAAUCUUCUUAGUGGGAGUAAAGGUUUUCUCCUCACUUGCCUCAUAAACACCCAGUUUCAGCUCAGCAUUUAUACCCACAUGUAAGGCAGAAUUUCCACUGAACUGCCCAUUUCUGAAAGGGAAAGGCCUGAGUGGCUGAACCAACCAGUUGUCUUACCUCAAAAGGGAUCAAAUUAUGUUUCAACUUUUGUUUGAUGACAAACCUUUUCCUCCUUUGACUAAUGGUGUUAUGUUGAGAUGUUAUUGUAUGAUGAAGAUGAAGAUUUUUAUAUCUUACAAUAUUAAAAAUUGAGUUGCUAUGACA